AUGUCAGGUUGGGCACAACCAGGGGGGUUUAACCCCAACGCGAACGCCUUCACACCGUCACACCCACAGGGUCAAUACCCACAGCAGCACCAGGGACACGCCGGUGGUGCGCCACAGCAGGGUUACUACUACCAGUCGCCUUAUCAACAACAGCAGCAAGCGGUGUACAACCCGGCUUUUGUCAGUCAACAAGGUGGCUACAAUCCUUCAUACCAACAACAGGGCGGAUACGUCCCUGGUUACAAUCAUCAGAUGGGAGGGUAUAAUCAAGGUUAUGGCGGUCAACAGGGCGGUUAUACUCCGGUAUACAACCAGCAACGAGGCGGUUACAACGCAGUGCAUAAUCAACAGCGGUUCCAAUCACAACAAUACGACCGCGCAGGCCAAGGUACUGGGCAGGGAGGCGCUCCCACUCAAGGUUAUGUUAAUCCCCCUCAACAGGUCGAGCCGGAAGAGCAACCGAAGACCUCUUCCGCCCAGACAUCAAAGCUGUCUCUGGGUGGCGGUGCCUCCGAGUUUGUUCCACCGGCCAAGAAGGCAAAGGCAGGUACUCUUUCUCUCAGUAAGAAGAAGGUAGAAGAAACCAAACCCAAAGAGGGCAACGCAAAGAGCGAUAGCCAACCGAAGGAUAACGCCGGAAACACAACCACGACAACGGCUGACGACAAGAAGGGUUCUGCGAAGCUGACCCCGGAGGAACUUCGUGAGCAAGUGCGUUGCGAGAUUGCCAAGCAACGUGAGCAAAAUAAAAAGGAAUUUGUUAGGGACCCUCGUCCACACUUCAACAUUGUUUUCUGUGGUCACGUGGACGCGGGUAAAUCGACCAUCUCUGGACAUCUUUUGAUGGAGAAGGGGCUGGUGGACCAGCGUGAAAUGGAGAAACUGCGGCGUGAGGCGGAGGUGCACCACCGUGAAGGUUGGGAGUACGCGUAUGUGAUGGACGUUUCGGAAGAUGAGCGAACGAAAGGAAUCACGCGUGAAACCGGAGCUGCGUAUGUUGAAACAGAGAAGCGCCGGAUAACGGUUCUCGAUGCCCCCGGCCACAAAGCGUUUGUACCGUCAAUGAUUGGAGGUGCAACCCAGGCAGAUGUGUGUGUGCUGGUCAUCUCCAGUCGUACUGGUGAGUUCGAGACAGGUUUUGAGAAAGGUGGCCAGACCCGCGAACAUGCUAUGCUUGUCCGUACGUGUGGCGUGAAGCAAAUGAUCUGUGUUAUCAACAAAAUGGACGAGGUCAACUGGAGCAAGGAGCGUUACGAUGCCAUACUGGGGAAGCUAAAACCCUUCCUUCGUCAGAACGGUUAUGAUGAAGAGAAGGCCAAAAACCUCAUAUUUAUUCCGAUUGCUGGCCUUACGGGUGACAAUCUCAUCCGCGAAACAGCAGAAGGCGUCUGUCCGUGGUACAAAGGACCAACAAUGAUGAGCUUCAUCGACGAGCUUGUUUUACCAGAGACGAAAAGCGAAAACGAUGUCCUUUGUAUUCCACUUGUUGGGUCAUACAAGGAUGAGGGUCGCGUUUUUGUGUAUGGCAAGGUAGAGUCUGGCUCCGUGGCUGUUGGGGAAAAGAUUCAGAUACUUCCAAGCAAACAGGAGGCGGUUGUUGAAGGCAUUUCAAUUGAGGCGACAGAGUUUGAGAAAUGUUAUCCCGGAGACAACGUCCACCUUCGCGUUCGCGGCGUGGAUGAAGGCGACGUUCACGCUGGCUACGUGGGUACAUCGGUUCCGACGUCACUUCGCGCUGUUGAGUACUUCCAGGCCCGUGUGGUGAUACUGGACGUGAAAAAUAUUAUAUGUGCUGGAUCGCGUGUCAUGUUGCACGCUCACGCGGCACAGGAGGAGGUUUCUUUCCACAAACUUCUGGCUAAAGUGGAUAAAAAAACGGGUGAGGUUGUGCAGAAGGACCCCACACACGUGAAGGCUGGAGAUGUUGUGAUCGCUCGAAUGGAGUUGGAGCGCGCGCUCGUGCUCGAGCCCCACAAGGAUUUUGACAAAAUGGGUCGUUUCAUGUUGCGUGAAGACGGUAAGACCAUUGCUAUUGGUCUUGUCAUGAAGCUCUAUGAAUCUACUAGGGAGUCGCUGGCGAACGCAGGUAAAGCUUAA